GAGAACGAACUUUUGAAAGAGUGCUAUCUCAAAAAACUUCUGUAGAAACUACGCCUCAAGAUAUGUAUAUGGACCUGCCGGAUCUGGAAAAUUUUGAUGAUAGGAAAUUUCCACCAAAAGUAACG